AUGUGGCUAGAAGCCACCGUGAGUCCGCGAUGCUGCAUAAAGGCUCGCACCAGCGCUUUGAGCGCUUGCCGGAAAAAUGCAUCAUGGGAGCGCGCCUUCCACCUGCUUCGGGCCAUCUCAACAGAUGGCUUGCGAUUGAAUCUUAUCCCCAUCAAUGCGGUCAUCAGCGUUUGCGAGAAGAGCGGUCGCUGGUGUCUGGGUGCUUUGCUCCAUCGCGGCCUACGGGACCAUCUACUAAAGCCGGAUGUCAUCACUGUCAAUUCGGCAAUCAGUGCUUGCGAAAAAGCCAAUCUCUGGCAGCCAGCGCUGAGAGGCCUGGCAUCCGCACAGCAGUGGUCCAUCGAGACAGAUUCGAUCACUUUCAAUGCAGCCAUGGCUGCUUGCGAGAAGGGAGACCGCUGGCAAGAUGCGGUCAAAGUCUUGAAGGACAUGUGUCGCGCCCGAAGAGCGCCAAGUGCAAUCUCUUUUGGAACAGCCGCAAGUGCGUGCGGCAGAGGUGAAGAAUGGAGGUGGAGCUUUGAGCUUCUCUCAGAACUUCGGAGAAACGGCUUGGAGGCUACAGUUGUAGUUUUCGGCGCAGCGAUCACUGCCCUCGAAAACGACGUACAGUGGUCUAGAUCGCUCGCUCUUCUGGCAGAAGUGCAAAACGUUCGCCUGGAGGCGAACGUCGUCAUCUACAGUGCUACAAUCAGUGUCAUGGAGAGAAGCCGGAUGUGGCAAUAUGCAAUCGCGUUGCUGAAGGAUAUGGAGCUCUCAGAAGUGCAGGCGAACGUGAUCCCAUACAACUCCGCUAUCAGUGCCUUGAGCCACGCGAGUCGCUGGCAGCUGGCUAUAGACUACUUGGCAUUUGUCACCGACAGCAGCAUUGAGCUCAAUGUAGUGACCCUGGCGGCUGCGACGACAGCAUGUGACAGAGCUGGCAACUGGCAGCAGGCUUUGCAUUUAUUGGUUCGAGCUGUCAAUGAGAACUUGUCCAAUGUUGUUUCCUUUGGAGCCGCGGUCAGUGCCUGUGAGAAGAACGAAGAGUGGCAAUGGGCCCUGGAUCUUCUUUCCUCACUUCUGGCUCAGAGUCUAGAAGUGAAUGGUGUGGUCUUCAGUGCCGCCAUCAGUGCAUGUGCGAAAGCCAGCAUGUGGCGACAUGGGUUAGCACUUUAUUCCCGGGCACUGAGCUCAGGUGUGGACAGAGACGUGGCUCUGACCAGCUCUGCCAUCAGUGCUGCAGGUGAAGGCCACAGUUGGCGCCGUUCUGUGCAAUUCCUGACGGAGCUGCACUUCCAGGAGCAGACGCUGAAUCUGGUGGCCUACAACUCUGCCAUGGCUACCUUCAGAGUUGCUGGACAAUGGCGUGAAGUGAUUCACCUCUUCCAAGACAUGGAGCGUGAUGCAGUAGAGGUUGAUGCUAUUGCUCGUGGCGUCGCAGUGGAUGCUUGUGCAAACGCCAUCGCGAGUCCGCAAGCGUCGGCGUUGUUGAUGCACUUGCAGUCAGGACAGCUUUGUCGUUUGCAGGAAGUGCAAGAGUCACGCAGGCCAAAGACAGUGAACUACGAAGAGCUAGUGAAUAAGGAGCUCGAGCAGGUCCUGGAUGGAAACGCCAUCCAUGCUCUGCGUACUGCCAAGGCAGCCUUGGUUAUGUGCUUCUACCCUGCCGCCCUCUGGCUUGGACACUGGGAUGCCAGGCUGAACCAGCAGUGUCGAUUGAACCGCUUUGGCCAAAAGAACGCAGAGAAGAUUCAGCGAGUGUUGGUGAGGCAUCUUUCUCCGCAGUUCCUGCACCCGAACAUGGAAACAGUGGAUGGCUCAGAUCUUUCAGGUAACACCUUGAGCAGCCAGACUGCACACUCAGAUGACGAUGCUGCAUCCUUCGAUUCGCUGGAGCAGGACUCAUCACUCGAAAGAGUUGUAGAGGAAGUUCGAUUGGAGCUUUACCCUGAAAAGUCGACAGACAGUGACGAGGAUUUUCCUGGAGACUUUGCGGAUGGUCCAUGCUGCGUCCGAGGGCAGUGGAGCCCGGAUGGUGGCCCCGGCAUGGCACAAAAUCCUCAAGUGCAGCUUGGCACAACGAGAGUUUCUGAAAUUCGAGCCGAGCUGCGCGCCAAGCUGCUGGAACCAAACAGCACGCUGGAGCUCUGGCUUCUGCAGGGAACUCGCUGGGGCAAGCGGGUGAAGCAGCUGGCUUCGGAGGAGAAAGAAGAGGAGGAAGGUGAUGCGAAAAUCUUGAAGAAAGGAAUGACGAAGCGCGGGCAAACCAGGCUGAAGGCAAGAAAGUCUGGGCAAUGCCGCGUUUACAAGAUCCUCACCUCUGCACAGAGCAGUGUGCAACUCAAACUUGCAAACGCAAUGGUUACUCACUUCCCUGGCCCUCUCCGAGUCAUGCUGGAGAUCGAGGUCAAGGCGAAGGAGUCCUUGACGUUUGUGCUCACACGAGGUCGACACCAACUGCAGCAGGACGGACACACCAUGAUCGCACAGUGGAGCUUGAAGAUGGUGAGACCUGAGAAUCAUGCUGCAAUGUCAGGCAGCGAGACCAGCUUCUGGAUCGGAGAAUGGAAGUCGUCGAGGCAGUUAAACCAUCGACAGUCGACUGGGCUCGAGGAGCCGCCCAGCCCCCGCAGGGGCUCUGUGCGCGUGAGCGUCGGCAGCGGAGCAGCCCCGAACCAGGCUUUGAACAAGAUGACGUCACGAAACAGCAUCGUCUCCAACGCAUCGAGUAGCAAGAAGUCUCCAACAGCCGGACGUCGAUCAUCCGUGGGUCGACGGGGCUCUCAGACUCAGACUAUACUGCCUGUGCUGCCGGUCGCCAACCUCGAUGAGCUUGAGGGCCAUGAAUCGAAGACUGAAGCUGUCAAGCUGGUCACGGUUGCGCCGGAAAUAUUGACGCGUCCUGAAAAAGCCCUUGUCCGCAAUUGGAAUCCGGAGGAGGACUACUUCGAGUUGCGCAUUUGGGGCAGCUCACCUCUGCGGCGAGGUCCGAAGCUGGUCCUUACGGCUGCUGACAAAGCUGCGAAGCAUGUUCCACGGCGGGACCGGCGCUGGGAAGGUACCGUGAGGACCUUUGCGCGUACCUUUGGCAACCUUGAGGGCGCUCAUGAGGAGUCUUGGUCGGCUGCGUGCAGCAACGUGGCACGCCAUGCGCGCUUCGGGCUCAAUGAGCAGCUCGAUGCGAUCCUUGCAGCACUCCGUCGAAUGCGCGCGGAGGACACAGACCGGGACCCUGACUUCUUCAAGUACUGCCCCAAGCACUGUCAACCAGGCUUGAUGAUUCUGGAUUGCGUUGGCAAGGAAUUGGGCACGCCGGCGAGAUACUAG